UGACUUCUGCUGGAUAAUCCCAAUUUAUAAUCCUCCCAUCUCCCAUUUUUCCUUCAUUUUCUCUCUAUUUUCUAGGAAAGCACACACAAAAAGAACUUCACUCUUUUGAGUCUUCUUCUUUUCUCUAUAUCCUUAUGUAAACAUUUUUCCAUCUUGGUCUGUUUGGAGAAGUAGAAUAUUAAUUUAUACAGCAAAAAAAAAAAAAAAAACACUAUGGAAGGAGUGGUACAUACAGGCACUGAUGCCUCAGCUUUCAAGGAAUGUUUCUCUCUGACAUGGAAAAAUCCUUAUGUUCUUCGCCUUGCUUUCUCUGCUGGGAUUGGUGGACUUCUUUUCGGCUAUGACACCGGCGUGAUAUCAGGUGCUUUGCUUUACAUCAGAGAUGAUUUCAAGUCUGUGGAUCGACAAACUGUUUUACAGGAAAGUAUAGUGAGUAUGGCAGUUGCCGGAGCCAUAAUAGGAGCUGCGGUCGGAGGGUGGAUGAAUGAUCGGUUCGGAAGGAGAAUGGCAAUCCUUAUUGCUGAUUUCCUGUUUUUUAUUGGAGCUGUGGUAAUGGCUUCUGCCCCUAACCCUGCUCUGCUUAUCGUAGGCCGAGUUUUUGUGGGACUUGGCGUUGGAAUGGCAUCGAUGACAUCUCCUCUUUAUAUUUCCGAAGCAUCCCCUGCGAAAAUCCGUGGUGCCCUUGUUAGUACCAAUGGAUUUCUUAUCACCGGUGGCCAGUUCCUCUCUUACCUCAUCAACUUGGCUUUUACUAAUGCACCAGGGACGUGGAGGUGGAUGCUCGGGAUUGCAGGUCUUCCGGCACUUUUGCAGUUCAUUCUCAUGUUGCUUCUUCCAGAAUCACCUCGUUGGCUAUUCCGCAAGGGAAGAGAAGAAGAAGCCAAAGUGAUAUUGAGGAAAAUUUACCCAGCUGAUGAUGUUGAAAAAGAAAUUCAAGAUUUGAAAGAAUCGGUUGAGGCUGAAAUCAGGGAAGAAGGGUGUGCAAAAAUAAACAUAAUGAAACUGUUGAAAACCAAAACAGUGAGGAGAGGGCUCAUAGCUGGUGUUGGUCUCCAAGUUUUCCAACAAUUUGUUGGCAUAAACACAGUCAUGUAUUACAGUCCCACCAUUGUUCAGUUAGCUGGUUUUGCCUCUAACAAAACAGCACUUCUCCUUUCCCUUGUCACCGCCGGCCUCAACGCCUUAGGCUCCAUUGUAAGUAUAUACUUCAUUGACAGGACUGGGAGGAAGAAGCUGCUACUGAUCAGUUUGUUUGGAGUAGCAAUUUCACUUGGUCUUCUAGCAGGAGUUUUCCAUGAGACCACAUCCCACACUCCAAUGGUUAGCCGGAUUCAAACAUCUCACUUUUCAAAUUAUACAUGUCCUGAUUACAGUUCAGCUACAAACCCCGGUGCUUGGGACUGCAUGAAGUGUUUGAAGGCUUUAUCUCCAGAUUGUGGAUUCUGUGCUUCACCAACAGACAAGCUACUGCCAGGAGCAUGUCUGCUCUCAAAUGACACAGUUAAGGAUCUGUGUCAUGAUGAAAGUAGGCUAUGGUACACAAGGGGAUGUCCGAGCAAAUACGGAUGGCUUGCACUGGUCGGUCUAGCUCUCUACAUCAUAUUCUUCUCCCCAGGAAUGGGGACUGCACCAUGGAUAGUCAACUCAGAGAUUUAUCCCCUCAGGUUCAGAGGUGUAUGUGGUGGGAUUGCUGCAACUGCUAACUGGAUCUCGAAUCUCAUCGUGGCUCAGUCAUUUUUAUCGCUUACGGAAGCAAUAGGGACUUCCUGGACAUUCCUAAUAUUUGGAGUCAUCUCUGUGGUAGGCUUACUCUUUGUAAUUGUCUAUGUGCCAGAAACAAAAGGGCUGCCUAUUGAGGAGAUUGAGAAGAUGUUGGAAACUAGAAGUUUGCACUUCAGGUUCUGGGAGAAAAGUCAGAAACCACAAGAAAAGAAGAGCCAAGCAGUGUGAAUAAAUAUUAAGUAGUCAAAUCCCUAGGAAGAAUGCUGAAAUGUAAAAAUAUACCAAACCCUGAAAAUUUGAACACUACAUUCAGCAAUAGUGGAAUUAAUUUGAUAAUGAAAUCUGCUUUUGCUUUCUCUACAA